AUGUCGGACCGGAUCAAGGAAACGGCCAAACACGAGGCCGAGGCCAUACAGCGGAUUGCCGACCAGGGCAUCCGAUCCGGCGCCUACGUCUAUCCGCUCCAGGGCAUCUUCUACCUCCUCUCCCACCAAGAACUGCGCAAGCCGCUCCUCGAUCGCCUGCUGCCCACCAUGGGCCUCGGCUUCGGCGUCACCGCCUUCAUGUUCGCCUUCACCUAUCUGCCCCAACUCGCCGUCCUCGUCUUCACCUCGGGCCCCGUCGCCGCCCUCACCACCGUCCUCCUCGUCCUCUCCGAGUCCAGCACCCUCACCAUGCUCCUCUCCAAGGCCCUCCUCAUCGAGGACUCCCUCCUCGACACCUUCGACGCCACCCUCGUCGCGCGCGGCCACACCUCCCUCGUCGCCAAGGAGCGCCAGGUCAAGUCGUCGGGCGUCGGCGAUGCCGUUCAGCGUCUCGGCAAGUUGGCCGGCAAGCCCUUUGCCAAAUUCACGCCCACGGCCAUCGUCCGCUACUUCAUGUAUCUGCCCUUGAACUUCAUCCCCGUCGUCGGCACCGUCAUGUUUGUCAUCCUGCAGGGCACCCGCUACGGACCACACGCGCACAGCAGGUACGUAUCAUCAUCAUCAUCAUCAUCAUCAUCAUCACGUUUUCGGGAGAAGAAUAUUUCGUUGACUCUACGGCAGAUACUUCCAACUCAAGGGCAUGAACAAGACGCAACGGGACCGUUGGGUCGAGCAGCGCAAGGGCGCCUACACCGGCUUCGGCAUCCCCGCCGUCCUGCUCGAGAUGAUUCCCGUCGCCGGCAUCAUCGCAUCCUUUACCAACACCUGCGGUGCUGCACUGUGGGCUGCCGACAUGGAACAGGGAACCGAGACCUCGGCUGGUCUGCGCGAGCAAGCAGCAGAGGCGGCGAAAUCGGAGUAG